UAGAAUACAGCGAUGUCUGUUUGAAAUGAACAAUUUCCAUCUCGACUGUUUUAUGGUUUCCCGGCUGUUAUCGAGUGUAGUGUGUAUUCUUUUCUUGCUACAAAACAACAUCUUUGUUAUGAUCGGAGCAAUGUGUUCGUUAUUAAAGUUAAUGAGAGGGGCCAGAGACUGGUGAUCCAUGGGAACGCGUGGUAGCAGGUCGUCAGAUCUCCAGUUGAGACCCAGACUAACGUGACAAGACAACUGUAACCGUGCAGUAAUGGCCUCUGGCCAGGACAGCCUGCCUCUGCCCCAAACCUCUGCCAUGGACUACUCCCCCUGGGCCGUGCGUUUCCAGCUGAUCAGCCUGGGCUUCGUCUUCUACAGCGGCGUCUUCCUCCUCUGCCACGUGCUCUCGGCCCGCUGCUUCCACACCUACCGAUCCCUGCAGGCCAAGGAGAAGGUGUUCUGGGACCUGGCGGCAACCCGGGCCGUGUUCGGGGUCCAGAGUGCAGUGGCCGGUCUGCGGGCCCUGACCGAGGACGGUGCCCUGGGGGCAGACAAGGUGGCCGGCCAAGAAGGCUGGUCCUGGUUCGCCAUCUUGACAGCCACCGGCUUCUUCUUCUUCGAGAACGUUGCGCUGCACGCUUCCAGCUUGGCCUUCCGGUCCUUCGACCUGCCCCUGGCCACCCACCACUUCUUCGCUUUGUCAGGGUUUGCCGGGGCGGUGGUGUGGGACUCUUUGGGCCACUUCCUACCCAUGGUGACCCUGCUCCUUGAGAUGAGCACUCCCUUCACCUGCAUAUCCUGGAUGCUUCUUAAGGCCGGCUGGGCCCGCUCGCUCUUCUGGAAGGCCAACCAGUGGGUGAUGAUCCACAUGUUUCAUUGCCGCAUGGUGCUGACCUACUACAUGUGGUGGGUGAGCUGGUGCCAUUGGGAUGCCAUAAACCUGCAGGUGGCGCUCCCACAACGUCUCCUCUUCUUCUCCGGCCUGGCGCUCCUCACCCUUCUCAUCAACCCCAUCUGGACCCACAAGAAGACCAUGCAGCUGCUCAACCCCGUGGACUGGAACUUCGGCAACAAGCUGGCGCCACGAGAGGCUCCGGCUGUGGACGGCAACAAACCGCACAACAACUAACCUGGAAGGGAGUGGCACAGAAGGGGGCUCGGUCUGGACAGAGGUCAAAGGUCACAGGGUCGCAGUGAAGCACUUUUACUAACACUUUGAAUGAUGGCCUGCAAGUUGCAUGAUUCUGAGGAUUUUCAGGUGAGCAUGGACAUUGUAUCACAUACACUGAGCACUUUAUUAGGUAUUUUUUAAAGUUAUUCUGCUGUUGUAGCCUAUCCACUUAAGAGGUUUGACGCGUUGUGUGUUCAGAGAUGCUCUUCAGCAUACCACUGUUGUAAUGUGUGCUUAUUUGCAUUACUGUCACCUUCCUGUCAGCUUUGACCAGUCUGGCCCUUCUCCACUGACCUCUCUCAUUGACAAGGCAUAACUGCCCGCAGAACUGCUGCUCACUGGAUGUUUUUUUGUUUUUUGCUCCAUUCUCUGCAAACCUUAGAGUCUGUUGUGCAUGAAGAUCCCUGGAGAUCAGCAGUUCGAGAUUCUAACCACCCUGUCUGGCAACAAUCAUUCCAUGGUCAAAGUCACUUGGAUCACAUUUCUUCCCUAUUCUGACAUUUGGUCUGAAAAACAACUGAACCUCUUGACCAUGUCUGGAUGCUUUUUUUUGCAUUUAGUUGCUGCCACAUGAUUGGCUGAUUAAAUAUUUGCAUUAACAAGCUGGUGUACAGGUCUACCUAGUAAAGUGCUCAGUAAGUGUAUAUCAUUAUAUUAUUACAUUUUUUUGUAAAGUCUUACUUCAAAGCGUUAUCUGUUUUACAAAUUCACCCUUGACCUCCUGUGUACUCAACUCAACUUUUGUGUGGAAUUUAGUUUUUAAAUGUACUCUUCGAAAAAAUGGUAUAUGUCCAUGUGUAAUUAAAGGAAGAGAACAGGAAGUAAUUUCUGCCAUGACCUUUGGAAAGACCAAGAGUGGUCUUUUGGUCUUUCUGGAAUGAGGUGUUGGCUGGUUGGAAUGCCUGAGGCCAUAGCUGCUUGACUUUGGUAUUUGGGAAAGUUACAUUGUUUUUCUGCACCAGGAUUCCACAUUGGCUGUAUAUUGUAGGCACAAUGUAGAUGGUAUAAUGUAUAGGGCGGCCUGUAGCGUAGUGGUUAAGGUACAUGACUGGGACCCGCAAGGUCGUGGAUAAAAGUCUCAGCCAAAUGACAUGUAAUGUAAUGUAAUGUAUAGGGGAAAUGGACUGUCGAUGUUCACAGCAUGCUACUACCUGUCUCCUCCCAGCCUUCUCUGCUUGGUCUAACACAAACAUCGAGUAAGAUGAAAUGGCCACAAUUAACCAGAAAGUUUUCGUUGAAUAUAUAGAGGAAGCAGUCAUGGUAACUUUGAGGUAUUAAGUAGUUCCAGUUUAGCCAUUUUAAAUGCUGGGCAUGUGCAUUUCCUGCCCUGUGUUCCCAGGGCAGGUUAACUCUGGUCCUGGCGUGCCAGUGUGUAUGCACGUUUUUGUUUCCACCAAUUACCUUGGCUAAAUGAGUGAAUUGGCUACAUAGACUAAUACUGGUUCAUUCAUAGAUUGCUGUAAAAUGUCCACAUUUCCAAUCUUUUAGGCAGUUGCACAUUGGAUUUGAUAAUAUAUUAAAAUAAAUAUUUACUUUACAUUUGGGGGGAGGAAAAGUACAGUUUUUUUUUUUUUCAGUUUCAACUGGAGCGUAUUGAUAAUAAUUCUGUAAGUGUAAACAAAUAUUUUCAUGUGCAAUCUUUUAUUUUUUGGUGAGCUUUACUCAGCGAGGCACUGCAGAGGUUUUCCACUGACCAGUACCUUCACUCUAUAAGUUUGCUGAUUCAGUUUCCCAAAUUUCUAGCUUGGCCCUUGGUCAUAUACUCAGUUUUAAUAUCCCUUCUCUUGUCUUGUUUUCUUCAUCCCUCGUAGGUUUAGUGUGGUUCGAUUUGCGGUCAGAAUAUGGAAGGUAUCCUUCCAUAAACCUGACUCAUAGCAGCGCAAAGAAGUGCCUCAUAUCUCAUGAGAUAUUGUUUAAGUCAAACUAUUCUUGUAAUUAGAAGAAAAAAGAAAAAGGAAAAACAUAUAUUCUUUUUACAUUAUCACUGUUCGAAAUGCUCUGAAUUGCAUUUAAAUUGUUCUUCAUGAAGAAUAUUUUGGAAGAGCAUGUCAUUUUUCCCCCUAAUAAUUGAAAAUGGUUUAAAUGUAUAAAAAUAAGCUUAGCAUGCUGUGCUGUGUACUUCAGAGAAAGUAAACCCCCGCAGGCCAGCUGCAAAUCAAUCACAAUCACAGUUCUAAUUACAAUGUUCCCAAUGGGUUAAGAUUGAAGUUGUGUUCAGAUGAAAGUAAAGUGCAGUGGGGCUUUUUCUGGAGAGCAAACUCGUUGCUUACAAACCAGGAACUUUAACUUUUCGUUUUUUUUAAAACAAAACCAGACAACGACCCUCUAUCAUAAAUUUAAUGAGUGCUAGAAAAAUGGAAAGCAAAUCCUUGAACAGUGUUGCUUUUACAUGGUGGUCAUUCUCUGUCGAAUAGUGGUCCUAUAAGCAACUUCAAUUUCUGUAUUUGUGGUCCAAUUUUCAAUCCAAACCUUGUUUUCUGGCAUAACCACACAAUAGUAAUCUGCCUGUAAAAGUGAAUGAAAAUGUUGGAAUUACAGUUGAGGCAGUUGAGAAACUGGUGCAUGUCUUUGGUUUGCCCAAACAAAGCUAAUGAAAUCGCAGAUCCCAACCAUUAGAAAUAUAGAUAAUAACAGUAUUAAUAAUAAUAAAGUAUUCUUGAGUGUCGAGGGGAUUUUCACAAAACUAAUAUGUAGUUUUAUGCCCCAGUUCUGCUGGGGUUAAGUUUUACUCAUGAAAUCAUGACAUAAAUUUGGCCAUGAUAUGAAUAGCGAAAAUGUAAUUCAUUUCAUGGGAAUGGUUUUUCAUCAAAAUUACAUUUCAAUGGUUCAGUUAAGGUGAGGCUGUAAAUCAGAGAAGUUUGCAGGUCCAUCUUUAGAAACCCUACCUGUACAUAUGCAUCUGUGACGUGGAGAGAUUAGCUUGCUUGAGUGAGAUAAAUCUUGAAAAAUGACUUUAGCCCCACCUAUUGGUGUGGUGUAGUAUAACAUGAGGUGUCUUUUUUAUUGCAUAUUCUUUUUCAAUAAUCAAAAAUACCCUAUUUAUCAAUUUGGUUUAAAUAUGUGAAUAAAUAAAGUAUGCAUCCCUCAAAAAGCAAUAACAUUUGGUAUUAUAUGUAACAUUUGAUCUGCAAUCUGAAGUUAAGUGGAACUGUUGGGAUUUGAAUGGGAGACGAAAGAACUGGGGCCAAAUUCCAAACGCAUUGCAUUGUGCAACACAUAGAAAUAUGUUUGUUAAUGGUUGAGAGUACUGUAUUCUUCACAAACUCAGGUGUGUGAGUGCUUGUAUCAAUGGCAAGUUCCCUGUAUAUGGUCGGGUCUCACAUACUUUGGCAUAUAUUCAAUAAGUGUACUCCAACUAUGCUUGGAAUUGCCAGAAGUCCUUGCUAAUGCAACACUGCUUAUUUGCAAUGAGGGAAAAAAAAUGCUAUUGAGAAUUUUGGUACAUGAUUUAGUCGGUUAUCUUAUUUUGUCAGCACAUAUACCUAACACGCAUAUAUACACCCUAAAAGAUUUCAGAUUAUAUUGACGGCUUCUUUUGAAACGUGUCAGGAAAAAAUAUGGAGGGGAUAGUGAUGGAAAAGUCAAAUACAAUCAAUUUUCUACAAACUGCAAAUGUAUGUACUUCAUGAUACAUUCUGGUAGUAUAUUCCUCACACAGGUUAUGGUGUUUGUCUGCAGAGUGAGUCCAUUAGGUCUGUGAUCUAUGAAAGGUUUCAUGAAGAUUCAGUUUAUUAAUAGUAUUAAUAUUCAUGUUGUUUUAGAUUUACAUGUAUGUAAUUGCCAUAAGUGCCAUUUGCCAAAGUGUUACAGAAACAAUACCAGUCUAUUUCCAGUGAUAUUUUUCAUAUAUUUUCAAGUUUUGUUGAUAUUUGAAACUGACAGUUCAUCAUUAUGUUGGUUGUUGCUUUAUGACAUGAUCUAAAUGGUAUUGACUGCUAAAAGAUCUAUAGAAUUUGUAUGUCUGGUUUUCCACAUUUCUGCUUUUUACACUGUUUCUAAUUCUCACAGCAUGGACUGUGGAAGUUCAAACAAUAAUUUGAUGUGCAGUGAAACGCUAUUGGGAUUGUUACUGAUAAUUCGAUUUUUAAAGUUUCUGCAACUGUUUGAAAGCUAUUCCUAUGAGUGUUUCCUUUGAGUGUUUUGGACCUUUUUUAUUAUUAGGUACUAAAAAAUACACCUUUCCUUCAUUUUAAUUAAUUCAAAUUGUCCAUAUUGUGAAAUGAUGCCUAUGGCUAUGAGACAUUCAUUUUUUGCGGUUUAAACUUGAAAGGACAUGGUUGCACCAAAUAUGUUAGAUAAACCAUUUAUUUUGGUGCAAAGUCUGCAAAUUUCUAAUCUGUUUUGUGAAUGACUAAUAAAUGUCUUUAACAGCUUUAUGUAACAUUCAAA